AUUUCUAACUAAUGCAGGCUGUGAUCAGAACCUUUUACGCUUCAUUUCCGUCAUAUUCUUAUUCUUAUUCUUUAUACUUCAUUAUAACUCUUAACCAAGUGAUAAAUUGUAAUAUUUCAGACAAAAUAUCACGAUUAAUAAAAAUGCUGCCCCGGUGUCUUGUCUUCGACUUAGAUGGAUGUGUAUGGGACCCUGAAAUGUAUGAAUUAUGGGGAGGGGGUGGAGCCCCCUUUAAACAGAACAAAGACGGAACACUGAUCGACAAGGCUGGUACCAAAGUAAAACUGUUGGGGGAUGUGAAGAAUUUAAUGCACGAGUUUGCUACGGAUCCUAAGUGGCAGCAAUCAAAGAUUUGCGUCGCUAGCUCAUGUGAUGAACCUGACUGGGCCAGGGAAUGCAUUAGUAAGUUUGAUAUCGGAGCAGGGUUGAAGUUGUCGGAUGUGUUUGACAAGAACAAUAUUGAGAUUUAUAAGAGAUCGAAGGAUCAUCAUCUUCGUGAGAUCGCCAGGAAAACAGGAGUUCCUUUGGAGGAAAUGAUUUUCUUCGACAACCAGACAAACAACUGCCAGACAGUAUCUAGAAUAGGAGUAACUGUAGUCUACACACCAGAUGGAGUUACCAGACAACUCUUCCAGGAAGGAUUGGAUAAAUUUCCUGCUUCUGGAGAGAUCAUUGGCCCUAAAUCCCGGGGAUAUUACUAGGAUGGAUAGAUAGAUAGAUAAAUGACCUAUUCAGAGCUGGAAACUUCGGAAUUGACGGAACUAACCUAAAUCUGCUAGAAUGAGCAACUAUUCAGUUGAACCGAUUCAAAUUAGUUCCUAGUUCCAUUAAUUCAAAAGUUGUCAACUCAGGACUAAAAAGUAAUAUUUUCCUAGUAUUUUUUAAUACAAUAUUGUGAUAUUUUUUUACCCAAUUAUGUAUCUUAAUUAACUUUUACAUUGUUACUUUAUAGUUAUUAAAAAUGUGACGGGAUUGCAAUAUUUUCUCCUGUUUUUUACUAAAUAUUUCAGCUUAAUAUAUUAUUUCUGAUACAAAUUGUAUUAUUUUUUUUUCAGA